CGCCACCAAGUUUUGGUAGAAUCAUUCGGGGGACGGCGGCGACGGCGAUGGGAGCGUUGGACGAGGCGAGGCGGCUGAUGGAGAUGGAAGCACCAGAGGAGACGCCGUAUAUGCAUCUGUACAAAGCUCGUGAUCUUCUACUCGAAGCAUUGAACAACGACCCGGCGUCGAUCCCGCUGCAUUCAACGCUCGGGCAAGUAUACCUCGCCGUCGACGAACCUCACACCGCCCAACCGUGCCUCGAGCGAGGACUCCAGCUCGUUCCUGGAUGCGAGAACCUCAUUUCGUGGUGCAAUGGCUUGCAGGAUGAACAGGUCACGUUGGACACGUUGAUCACCGACGUGCCCGAGUUCGACACCCCCGAGAGUUUUGAUGCCCACCGUGCCGACAUCAUGGGUAUUGCAUGACAUCCUCAAUCAACUCGGCAUUCUCUGGUUCAAUCGAACGUCGUACGGGCGUGCGUUCUGCUACUUCAAGACAGCCGAAUCAAUGUUUCUCUUUAGCAGCGAGCCUGGCAUGCGGCCGACAUACAUCCACACGCUGUUUUACUUGGCGCAACUGUACGGCCAUUUAAACGCUCCCGACAAGUCCGCCACGUACUGCCACAUGACGCUGCGCCACCAACUGGACGACCCAAACAACAACGUGCCGCGGGACUGGGUUCAGAAUUGUUUACGUUUGAGCGAGUAUUUUCUCCAGCAGAAUCAAUUGCCCAAGGCAUCGCAAUGCCUCCACGCGUGCACGUGUGUCGGCGCACCACCCGACGAACAAGCGCAGAUCGCCGCGUCUUUGGCGAAAUUGUACAUUCAAACGCUGCAUUUGGCCCAGCACAAGAUCGAUCUGUUGCCGGACACGGACAUCCUGUUUCCAACUUUGCGCGACGCGACGUUCAUCGCGCCGUCCGCGAUUGAUUCGUUCGACGCGGCGCGAGACGUGUUCAAGAAGGCGAUGGCGGCGCUGACGACGGCCAAGAAUUUUUUUGGGCUCGACGGGUUUGUGACGGACCACAUUCGACUGCUGCAAUGCCAGAGUCGAUGCUACGCCAAGCUCAUUCCAUUUGAACCGGACCGGAAGCGGCAGAUGGCCAUGCACCAGAAACGCAUUGACGUGUACGACCCGAUCCUGCACGGCGACUUCAACUUGAACGCGUACGGGUAUCUCGUCCAAGAAAUCUACUUUGAAGUCGGUGAAAUCUACAGCGUCCUGCAUGAUCUCAAGGUCGUUGUGCACUGGACCAAGCCCUACAUGGAAACAAAUCAAUACGCCGUCGACUCGAUUCGGUUCUUUGAAAAGUUUUUGCAGCUGUACUACUACCAACAAGGCAAGAGCGACUCGCUGGAAACGCUCCCGGCGCGACUCUACGUCCCCACGCACUUGGACACACACAGCGUCGACGACAUGAAGCCAUUUUUCAACGGCGUAUUCUUUUUGACCCGCGUGUAUGGCAAGGUGCAGUUCCUCGACGACGCCAAGACCGUCUUGUUUUGGACGAAAUGUUUGGAAAUGCACGAAUGCUUGCUGCAAUGGAUUCCGUCGUUGGGGCUGCCGAAUUUCUUUGUCGACGAAAUCGCGAUUUCGCAAGAAAUGAGUCGGUUGCUGCCCGAGAAGAUCAACCAUUUGCACCACAAGCGCCGUCGGCUUUGACAUAUGGAUUGGUGCAGGGUGAAAGUUGCCUCGUAUAUAUACACACACAGCAGCCUGUCGUGAAAGUUAAAAUGUCUUGAGGA